AUGGAGCAAGAUAUGGACGAAAAUGGCCACCGCAAAGGGAAGGGACAUAUUUUUGAUCUGAAUGCAUAUGCACAUUGUGAAGAUGACAUCAUAGCUUGGAAGUGGAUGUGCGGGGAAAUGGGAGCCGAGGACAGCAAAGCAGACGAAAAAAUGAAUAAUAUGGUUAAUGGAGGUGCAAUAGAUGCCGAGAACGUGGAUGAUCUGCAAGAGGUAGACCUGAUGACUAUGAAGUUUGAUACCAUUGAGGAUGCUGAAUGUUUCUAUAACAUAUAUGGUAGGGCCACGGGGUUUAGCAUAAGGAGGGGGUAUGCGAAAAAAGACCCAGAGGACGGCACGACUGUGAGGUAUAGGUCUUGGGUAUGUAGUAGGGAGGGCGAGCGGGAUGAGAAGCACAUUCUCCGGAAUGAUCGGAAAAGAGAGGCAAAAGCUGUAACACGGGUGAACUGUGGAGCAUGCCUGAAAAUAAGAUUGGAUGAUAAUGAAGGGAAGUACAUAGUGUCUUGCUUUGUGAAGGAACACAACCAUCAGUUGGGUAAUCAUGCAAGCAUUCCUUUCAUGAGGUCGCACAGGAAGGUGGCAGAUAGCGAUUAUGCUCAAGCGCAUACAUUACGACGAGCCGGCAUUAGAACAAGUCAAAUAAUGAAGCUUUUUGUGUUGCAAGCUGGAGGAUAUCAGAAUGUGCCCUUCCUUAUAAAGGACUUGUAUAAUAAGAUGAAUUGCGAGAGGUUGAGAGAGAUAGCUGAUGGAGAUGCAGAAAGGGCUAUUGGGCGCCUGGCUGCAAAGAAAGAGACGGACAACAAUUUCUAUUACGAAUACUGUUGUGAUAGCAAAGGACGAUUGACACGGCUGUUGUGGGCUGAUUCAUGGUCUCGGAUGGAUUACAAGUGCUAUGGGGAUGUACUGGUGUUCGACUCCACGUACAGGACACAGUCUUAUAAGAUGCCACUGGUGGUACUAUGUGGGGUGAACAACCAUUACUCAACAGCAAUAUUUGCAUGUGCUUUGAUUGCUGACGAAAAUGAAGAGAGUUAUGAUUGGGUACUGGAAAAGUUUGUUGAGUGCAUGGGCGGGAAGGAGCCAGUUUCGAUUGUCACUGACGGUGACAAGGCAAUGAAGAAAGCUAUAAAGAAGGUGCUUCCAAACGCGGCUCACCGUCUGUGUAGUUGGCAUCUAGAAAAAAAUGCAGGCCAAUACGUGGGUAACAAACAAUUUCUCCAGGCUUUCAAGACAUGCAUGUUCAUGAAUUGCUCACAGGACCAAUUUGAGUUUGAGUGGGCUAGCAUGGUAAGCAAACUUCAUCUGGGGAACAAUGAAUGGGUUAAAAAGAUUCAUAAGAAGAAAGAGCAAUGGGCAGUUGCAUACUUGAGGGGCAACUUCUUUGCUGGCAUGCGCAGCACUCAGCGAUGCGAGAAGAUGAAUGAUGUGUUGAAAAUGUACUUAAAGCCAGAGCUUAAACUUUUUGAAUUUGUCCGAGCGUUUGAUUUGGCAAUUUCCUGGCUAAGGACUGAGGAGGCUCGAAACGAAGCUAAUACCCAACAUACAACCCUGCUGCCAAUUACGGAACUACAUUGUUUAGAGAACCAUGCAGCGGAAGUUUUUAGUAGACGAAUCUUCUUGAUGGUUAGAGAGCAAUUGAAGAGCCAGGGAAUGUACUGCCGAGUCGAUGGCAUUGAUGAUGGUGUUCAAUGUGUCCACAUGGUUUCACAUUCUUACAGCGGUUCAGAGUGGAGGGUGCAAUACAAUAGGCGCAGUGGAGAGAUGAGGUGCUCGUGCAUGAGGAUGGAGAGUCUAGGCCUGCCGUGUGGCCAUAUGUUUAGGAUAAUGGUGUUCGAGGGAAUGAGAAAAAUUCCAGAUAGUUGUAUAAUGAAAAGGUGGACUCGCAUGGCAAGGGAUGGCAUUGGAGGAGAUUGGGAAGGACAGCCUCCCGAUACGGAAAACCUAGAGAUGGGCAGGUAUGCUGCACUGGUUGGAGCAUGUAAUAGUUGGUGCUACUAUGCUGCCAAAUCAUCUGCGGGAUUCAAGCAUGCCAUGGGAGUGAUUCAUAGGGAGACCGACCAUGCAAGAUCAUUGUGUAUGGUGAAGGCAAUAGAUGCAGCUACCCUGUUAAGGCACGAAGCAGGUGGGCAACGAGGCAGCAAAUUUGGAGUGCUUGAUCCUUUGAUUUGUAGAGCAAAGGGCGAUCACCAGACGAAAGAAAAGGGCAGACAGAGCAAUAAAAAGUGUGGAAACUGCGGGUCAAGAGAUGGGCACAAUAGGAGGACAUGCAAUUCCAGCCCAAAGAACACGGCAUGGCAUGAGAUAACAGGUGCGUCCUACGAUGGCGAGCAUGGUUGGACCGCAGAUGAAGAUGCUGGUUCCAGGCAUCAAAGUAUCAUAUCUCAUUACGGGGUUCGAGUCUGUUCACUUUCGAAGGGGCAAUACGGCAGCUUGAUUCAGCAGCCUUCGUAUGAAUGGAACCAGAAGGGUUUUGCUGGUGUGCAGGAAGGGAGAUGUAAUGAACUAGAUGCAAUGGAUUCAUUGGAACUUGCCGAAUGGUGA